UUAAGAAGCUGUGGCUAAUUCAGUGGAACUAGAUGCGUUCGUUGAAACCUGUUUUCUGCUGCUGCUGCUGCUCUGGAUGUUGCAGUGUGACCGUGGGAAAAAAAGCAGCAACAGACAUCCCGUCAAUAACCCAGCCUUUACAUCGUACAGCAUACAUCAGCAUACCUUCUGAAGAUGCGUUAUAAUUAGCCUGGAGAAAUCAUCAGCAUCAUCUCUUUUGUGAUUUGACACAAAGACAGACGCACUGGUUGGAUUUGGGUUUUAUUGCAACUGGAGAGACACACUGAACAUCGUCGAAACGGAUAAAUAAACGCGAUGUCGUCGGAAAAACACGGAUUGGAGGAGGCAGCGGGGAGGCAGUCCAUGUCUCAGCAGAUGAUGCAGAUGGCUCCGCCUCCUUACCUCCCCAACCAGGACCCCAACAUGCCCCCACAUCCUCCUCCAACCAGCUGUGCCCCGCAGCCCAAUUACCCCCCUCCCCCUCCUCCUCCUGGAUCAGAGGGGUACCUGCAGGAGACCCAGUUCCACUGCGGCACCCUCGGGCCCCAGGGGGCUCCAAACGGAUACCCAGUGCAGACGCACGGACCAGUGGGCACCGUCCCUCAUCCCCCAGUGGGCUAUAUACAUACAGGAUACCCCCUCCAGCUGCAGCCCUGCACGGCCUACGUUCCCGUCUAUCCCAUAGGCACAGGGGCACAGCCUUACAUGCCCAACGGUGCACCUCAUCCAGGUGUUGCCCCCGGCCAGAUGGCCAUGCAUAUGCCCAACGGCAUUGCUCUGAUGGAGUCUCGUCGUCCUCCUCACGACUACCUGCCCAUCGCCGUCCUCACCACUGUCUGCUGCUUCUGGCCCACAGGAAUAAUCGCCAUCAUCAAAGCCGUGCAGGUGCGUACGGCUGUGGCUCGAGGCGAUAUGGUUACAGCAGAGAUCGCCUCGCGUGAGGCACGUAACUUCUCCUUCAUCAGUCUGGCGGUGGGGAUUGCCUCCAUCGUGCUUUGCACCAUACUCACCGUUGUGGUCAUCAUCGCCUCUCAGCACCACGAUGACGACUGGGAGCCCUAGAGAGCGAGCGCAGGACGCACCUCCCGUCCUGACCCCAGGCCAUCAUUCCAGUCGGUAUUCUGCUUUUUCUGUCACACUGCACGGUUCUGAUGGCUCAAGCCACCAAAACCUAAUCUGCAGUGGAAAAUAUACGCUUUUACAGUCAUUUGGCCCAUGUAUUAGUUACAAGAUAGAUUAAUGGUAUAGUAAAUCUGAGUGUGGGGAACACCGAGCAUCUACCUUGUUGUAAGCGUGUAAGCUCACACUCACAUCAACCUAACUGAGCACUUCCUGUUUCUCCUAAACUAAAGCCUGUGUUAGAUCAGUAGUUAGAAAAAUAGUGUACUAAAGACUUGAGUCAUGUCAGGUGUUAUCGUUUGCUUUUAGAAUCUGCCAAAAACAUUUAUUUUUAAAAGAAACCCACAGGAACAUAAUUUUGGUAUAACUGUGUUUUUUGUGAUGUUCAAAAUAUUCCAUGUAUUAUUUUUCUCAUUCAUCGGUUUGGAAAGAUAAUAUAUUUAUUUGCUGGUUAACUUGACAAAUUCAUACGCUGAAAGUGUGGAUAAAUUGUGUUUUCUAUACACUAGGUAUUGAAUAGUGUAAAAUAAUGUAUUGAAUAAGUUGAAAGAAUGAUAGACUUUUGAAAUAGUUUCCAAUAUAGCAGAACUGGAAUUUCACAUUUUAUGUACCCAAAGGAACUUCUGUUUUGUAGAUCAAAAGAGUGUAUAUGAGUAUUGAUUAAUCAGAGGCCAGAAAUCUACUCUAAGGAGUACACAAACACAGAUGCAAGUGCUUGGCCAACAGGAGCUUAUAUUUAAAGAGAGUGAUGCACCAAAACCCAAAUUAAAGGUUUCAUUUAGCUGAAAACUGAAACUUAAAUUUGGGUUUUUGUGCUCAUUCUCUGUGCUGUGUUCAUACAGCAGAUGAUAAACCAGUCAUAGUAAAGGUCUUUGGCAAUGACCUUCCUCUCAGUAUUUUAACUGAAUAAAUUUGACAUUUUGCAUCAUUUCUGGUUUACCGGUUUGCCCAUUGUAUCUUAUACCACAGAUAAAUGUUAUGUGUAUUCAAGCAAAAGCCAACACAGAAAAGUUGUGUGGAAAUACGAAAUCGACGUGACUCACGUACGAAAGACGAAAACAAAAAAAAAAGUUUUUAAAACUUUAAAAAAAUAAGUGUUUUUAGACCUUCUAGAGCUUUUAUUUUUUUUCUUUGCUCCAUUGCACCUACUGUUUUUAAUCGCAUAAUCAACAUUCUGUGUGAAUGGCCACUUACUGUGGUAGUCAUUAAACCAGAUUAACCAACUUGAACUGACCUCAGCAGGAUUCCCAUCAUACUGCUAGCCUGACAUGACGGUAAACUGACCCCAGAAGUAAACAAUUAAUGCUAUUGUAUAGCACCCCUUGUGGCAACACUGAGAAUGCAACGUGUAUUUGAGCAUCAUUACGAAUUGCUGACACGUUUUCAAUGCGGCAAUAUGUGAAAAUAGCUAAAAGCGUUUGUGUUCAUGUACUUGUGUAGAGUAACUCUUAGGCCUAAGUGUCUUGUUGCAGACCGGUCCAGUUCAGAGGUGUUGAAAGAAUGUAUUCUAGAGUGAAAUUAUUACUUCAUUACAGACUUUUGUAAAUUGGCUCUUCAUUGAAGGAAGACGUGAUUUGUGUGUUGUGAAUUACUUUAUUAUUUAUUAUUUCAAUUAAAUUAUUAAUUUGUGUAUUAUACUUCUUUAUUUAUUGAAAUAACUAACUGUUGAAAUAUUUGGUAAUCUUUCCUAGAUAACAGUCAGUCAUCACAGAUGAUUGCUCAGCUGGCAUAUUCUGAUGAAGCAUGUGAUAAAAUGCACUUUUAUGCUCAGAAAGCAAGUAGCUAGUUUGUCUCACUUCUUUGUAGAUGAGAGUGUAACUUGCUUCAAGUUCGGACCUCAUUGAAACUCCUCACUUGCUGCUGUAGUUUUUAGGGAAACACAUUUAGCACAAUGGUUUGGGUGAACAAAAAGAAUCAAACAAUCCUAGAGUGUUCUUAAAUAUAGAAUAUAUUAAAACAUGGACGCAGUGUUUUAGAUUUGUAUUUUAGGUCUCCAGUAUGUUUAUUAAUCUCUUGCUUAAAAAAAACUGCAUUCAUCUGUGCCAUCCUCUGACUGUAUAAUCUGUCAAACUCUUUAUUUUAAAGCAAGAUUUCACCCCAAAAAAUAAAAGGUCUGUCAUUUCUUCACCCUCAUGUCGAUCCAAAAACCUUUUCAUUCUUUACGGCGCAUAAAAGGAGAAAUCUAACAAAAUGUUGAUUCGGUCAUAUCGGUCUUUUCCUGCUCUCUUUAAUCGAUUUCUAAUAUCUUUCUGAUCUAUUUUUGAACAAAUGCCUUGCAGCAUAUUGCAAGUGUUACACUGAACUGUUUGUUGAAUUGUUUAUACUUGUUAGACGUGUGAUUGCACAUGUUCAUGUUUAUACGGGCUACGUCUAAAAAUAUGACCCUCGUUUUCUAACUAAGGGAGAGCAUAGUUUCGACAGAAAUCCUGUCUGUUAAUAAGACAAGCUGGUCUGAUACAUUUUAUUUUGGUGUUUUAAAGUUGUGCAAACACUGUACAGUUGAUGUGAACCUCGCACCUGUUUAUAAUUAUCCCAGCAAUAUGCUUUUUCACACAGUUGUGAUAUAAAGCAAAUGCUUUAUUGUUGUAAACAUGGCCAAUGAGAUCUGAUUGCCUGUUGUUACUGCACACGGUUUCUCUAAGCUUGUAAAUGCGGUAGGUUUAUUCAAAAAGCCGCAAGCUCGCUUGUAUUUGUGUGCUUUUAUAGUUUUACUCUGUGGUGAAUCUCACAAAAACCUGUCAAGAACAUAUUUCACCUCAAGUCAGCAGAAAUAAAUAUAUUUUUAGCUUAUUUAAGGACUAUUAUUUUUUUUUUCUUCAUAGACUUUAAUUGCAAUUAAAAAAAAAACAUUAUCACGAAAGUAAUGCAAAUCUAAUGAGAAUUUCUCAGAAGAGUAAAACAUCCAGAUGCAUUUCAUACAUGAGAGUUUUUUUAGUAAUGCAAAUCUAAUGAGAAUUUCUCAGAAGAGUAAAACAUCCAGAUGCAUUUCAUACAUGAGAGUUUUUUUUAAAAAUCAUGUCAAAAAGACUUAAUUCUCUUUUUCUUUCCUUUAAUUUUGGAUGGGAAUUGUGACUCAAACAUGUUUUCGUGAGAUUUGCCCUCUUAAUGAGCCCAAGCAUUGAUUUGCUGUGUAUGAACCAAGUGAUUUGAAUUAAAGAGGAAUACCUGGUGGAGCCAGAA